GCGAGAGAGAGAGAGAGAGAGAGAGAGAGAGCGAGCGAAUGAGAAGGAAGGCUCGCAAACGCUGCCUCUGCGCCGUGAUACUGGAUUGUACUUCAGCCGGAGCGCUUUGGCAGCUUUAAACACAUCAAAACAGAACAAAGAGGCAGAGCGUACCGGGCAGCAGCAGCAGCAGCGACAAAAAAAGAGAAAGAAUCUGCGAAAAGAAAAGAGAGGGGAGGAAAAAAAGGGGGGGGGGACCUGAGGAAAAGGAAUCUCUGCGACCAGAUUACAAAAGAAACUGAGGGAGGAGAAGCACAUUUUGAUAUUUUCGCCACUCGCUUGUUUGGACGGUGUGUUAUUGUUAUUGUUUUUUUUUUCAAGGCGUUCUGCCGUCUGAAGUUUAUCGAGGCUGCGAAGUUGUUUUUAUUUUCAACGCCUUCUUUUUUUUUUUAAAUAUUUUUUCUUCUUCUUUUUUCCAAGAAACUGCAAAAGCGUGGAGGACUGUUGAUGAGGGCUUUCCGACUCCCCACCUAAAAUAAAUAGGAAUUAUGCUUCGAGCCGGUUCAUAUGUCUGAGGCAUGUGAAUGUUCAGGUUGCACAGUAGAGUCCACGGAUUUUUUAAAGCGUUAUUAUUAUUAUUGUAUGUUGUUUCGUUUCCGUCUCUGUGCACCUCGCAUUUCUGCUGGCUGCUUUUAUUUUCUCGAGGCACUUUCGUUGUCAGACUUUUAAAGUUUUGAAUAAUUCAUGAGAUUACAGUUUUGCCUGCGUUGAAGAAGUGAAGAAGGAAGAAGAGGAGGGGAAAAGGAGAGGAAAAAAAGUUUGUCCGAAAAAAAGAAAGAGAAAAAAAAGAACAGAAGAUAGGGAGGGAGGGGGGAGCUUGACCGACAGCCCGUUGCUGAAGAUCAGCGGAAUGGCCACGGCGGCUUCCAAUCCGUACCUGCCCAGCAGCAGCAUCCUGUCGUCGGGCUCCAUCGUGCACUCGGACUCGGGCGGCGGCAUGCAGGCGGGAGGCGGCGCGGUCACGUCGGUGUCCGGCGGCUACCGAGGAGAGCCGGCGGUCAAGAUGGCGCAGAGCGACUUCAUGCCGGGCGCCAUGGCGGCGGCGGCGGCGGCGAGCAACGGUGCGCACAUGCUGAGCCACGCGCACCAGUGGGUGACGUCGCUGCCGCACGCGGCCGCCGCCGCCGCGGCAGCGGCGGUUGCUGCUGCCGAAGCCGCCUCGCCCUGGUCCACGAGCCCCGUGGGCAUGGCGGGAAGCCCGCAGGGGGGCCAGCAAGGAGGCCAAGGCGGACAGGGCCAGGGCGGGCAGCAGGGCGCGCAAGGCGGCCAGCAGGACGUAAAGAGCAGCUCGGGCCGGGACGAUCUGCACGCGGCGUCCGCGCUGCACCACCGGCACCUGGGGCCGCACCAGACGCACGCGAGCGCGUGGGGCGCCGCCACGGCCGCCGCAGCCGCCGCCGCCGCGCAUAUCUCGUCCAUAAGCCAGCAGCAGGCGCAGCCGCAGCAGUCGCUCAUCUACUCGCAGCCCGGCGGCUUCACGGUGAACGGCAUGCUGAGCGCGCCGGGCGCCCAGAGCCUCGUGCACGCGGGGCUCGUGCGCGGGGACACGCCGGAGCUGGAGCACCCCGGCCACCCGCACCACCCGCACCACGCGCACCACCACCAUCACCACCACCAUCACCAGCAGCAGCAGCAGCAACAGCAGCAGCAGCACCACCACCAAGCGCCGCCGCCGCCGCCACACCACCACACGCACCACCCGGCCAGCCACCACGGCCACGAGGCGCACUCAGACGAGGACACGCCGACCUCGGACGACCUCGAGCACUUCGCCAAGCAGUUCAAGCAGCGGCGCAUCAAGCUGGGCUUCACGCAGGCCGACGUAGGCCUGGCGCUCGGCACGCUCUACGGCAACGUCUUCUCGCAGACCACCAUCUGCCGCUUCGAGGCGCUCCAGCUCAGCUUCAAGAACAUGUGCAAGCUCAAGCCGCUGCUCAACAAAUGGCUCGAGGAGGCCGACUCGUCCACGGGCAGCCCCACGAGCAUCGACAAGAUCGCGGCGCAGGGCCGCAAGCGCAAGAAGCGCACCAGCAUCGAGGUGAGCGUGAAGGGCGCGCUGGAGAGCCACUUCCUCAAGUGCCCCAAGCCCUCGGCCCAGGAGAUCACCACGCUGGCCGACAACCUGCAGCUGGAGAAGGAGGUGGUGCGCGUGUGGUUUUGCAACCGGCGGCAGAAGGAGAAACGGAUGACGCCGCCCGGAGUGCCGCAGACGCCGGAGGAGGUGUACUCUCAGGUCGGCAAUGGACAUUUUUUAGUAGAUUACUUAAAAGAUGCAAGUUUAUGUGGGCCGAGCGAGCCGGGCGACCAGAGGGUGACAGCUACAAGUUCGUUCCAUCAGGUAAUUCUGGCGCAUUGACUUCAACUGGGAAAAUGAAACCAAGCAUUUAGAAACCUUUACCCCCCCCUACCACCACCACCACGAGCAGCACCACCAACAGCACCACCACCACUGCUACUACUACUCCCUCCACCCCCUACCCCCACUGCUACCCCUGUACAUGUCCUGUUUUCGAGAGGCAAUUUGUAUGUGUCGAGAUGGGACGUUAACCCCCCCAUCACUACCACGACCACCACUACUACCACCACCAACAACAACAGCAACACGAAAAAUGGGGGUUGAAAUUGAAAUUCAGCCCCAGGAACAGUGACAACAGUGGCUUCCAACUUCCAUUUUUGCAGAGAAGACUGCAUUGGUUCUGUUUUUGUUUAUGUUUUUUUGUUUUUUUUGGACAACAAACAAACCACGGAAUGGAUUUUUUUCCUUGCCUUCCAGCCCGAACAUGAACACAAAAAAAACAUAAAAAAGAACCUGGUCUCUAAGAUCAUUUUUAUGUAAAGGACUGAUGGAUUUUUUGGAAGAAAAAUUGAAAGACGUUUGAAAAAAAAGUGACAAUUCCUCAGCUGCACUUACAGAGGGGGCCAGAGCUGUGGAUCUGCCCCCCCCCGACCAUCACCACCAC